GCGCCGCGCCCUGCCGUGCCCGGCCGCGACUGACCGAGUGAGAGAAAUAUCACAUCUAGCUUCAGUGAUCAUAGUAGUCCGCCCGUCCCUUCACUCACCAACUCCUUUUGGACCCGGGCCGGCGCAGAUCGUGUAGAUAUUAUCCCGCGGCGCGCGCGCGCAGGCAGGGGCAUCUACCACGUGCUGGGGAGCUUAAUUAGCUUGGCAAGCACUCGCGCGUGCGGCGAGAGAGAUUGAAUCGAUCGGGGGGAUAUGGGGAGGGCGCCGUGCUGCGAGAAGGUGGGUCUGAAGCGGGGGAGGUGGACGGCGGAGGAGGACGACAUACUCGCCAGCUACAUUGCGCAGCACGGCGAGGGCUCAUGGAGGUCGAUGCCCAAGAAUGCAGGGUUACUGAGGUGUGGCAAGAGCUGCAGGCUGCGGUGGAUCAACUAUCUCAGAGACGGGGUCAAGAGGGGGAGCAUCUCCAGGGAGGAAGACGACCUAAUCGUCAAGCUCCACGCUACCCUUGGAAACAGGUGGUCCCUGAUCGCGAGCCACCUGCCUGGACGGACCGACAACGAGAUUAAAAACUACUGGAACUCGCAUCUCAGCCGGCAGAUCCACACGUUCCGGAGGACCUACACCGCAGGCAACGACACCACCAUAACCAUCGACAUCAGCAAGCUUUCCGCCGCCGGGAAGCGGCGGGGCGGCCGGACCGCCGGCCAGUCGCCAAAGAGCAGCACGAAGAAACACCCAGAGCCUGAGACUGAGCCCAACAAGGCGAAAGACGCGUCCAGCCCGGUCACGGCCACGUCUUCAGUAUCAAGCGCACUUCAGAGCGACGAGGCCCGAAGCGCGGUGGUCGACCCGGACCAGAAUCAGCCCAACAACAGCAUCAGCGGCAGUCACACUUCUGAUGGGCCUUGUAGCCAGGACGAGACGGGGCCCUUCUUCAUGGACCCUAUAGAUCAGGCUGGGGGGCUCUUGGAGGCGAACAGCGCGAUGGAUCAGUUUGGGCUCUGGGAGGCGGACAGCUCGUUCAAUCAGAUUGGGCAUUUGGAGGAGAGCCAGAUGGAGGCGUUACUGUCCAACGGCGUUGCGAUGGAGAGUGGGCUAACUGGCGUCGAGCCCGAAGGCCAGGUCCAGGUGGACGAUCUCCUGGACAUGGACUGGGAGGGCUUUGCGGCCCAUCUAUGGAACGAGCCAGCCCAGAGUGAUAUGAUCCAGGCCGCGGAGCCGAAGACGACGACGACGGGCUCUGACCCGGACGAGCUCGACUCGUUCGUCAGUUGGCUCCUGUCUGACGCGUGCUAAGAUCAUAUAAAACGGCAGCGUCGACCAGCGCUAAUUCAGCAGGUGUUCAUGUGUGCAAGUUUUGAUAGUGUUUGCUAGUUUUAUUUUUGUAAGUAUGUGUUGUCUGGUGCAUGCAAAUGGUAGUAGUAGUGUAAUAAUAGUGUUCCUGUUCCAUAGAGUUAAUGGUAGAUUUGCAUAUGGCAUGUCAGUGUAGUUGGGAUCGGUAGGUUCGCAUGCAAAGCAUCCCGGUUGCUGUGGAAGCUUGCGCGAUUGCAUCAGCAGUGGAAUGGAACGAAGUGAACUUUUGAAAUGUGCUGUUUAAAUUAAUUUGUCUCC